CUAGUUUGUUUCUUUUGUGUUCCAUAAAGUAUCGUGUCGUAUCGUAUCGCUCUCUGCGAACGGAACAGAGCGGUACUGUGAGCGGAGCGGAUUCAGUUUGAGUUGACGUUUUGCUUUGACAGGCAGCCGUCGUCGUUGCCGCUCGUGGAUCGCGGAUAGCGGAUUGCGGAUUGCGGAUCGCCGCUGCCCAGGCCACCCUUCCUCCCCGUCUCUGGUCGUGAAUCUCGGGAAUUUUCGUCGAGCGUUUAGGUUCUUCGCCGGCUGUACCCCAAAAACAAAAAGAAAAAGAAUUGAAGGAGAACCACCCAACUUGCACCACCCGCUGACCGACCAGUGGCGCAACCGAAAAUUUAGUUAUCUUCGCGGCAGCAAUAAUCGGCAAUCAUAUUCACUCGAUUUGUGAUCAAUAUAUAGUCUGAUAUAAAUAUUAAAAUAUAAAGAAAUAUAUAUAUUAAUAUAUAUAUACGUGUGUGGCAUACACAUACAUACAUCGUAGAAAAAGAAAUCAUUGCGAAAGCAACAACUAGCCGCUAAACGACAAAUUUUUUUCGUGCUCCUUGGUUGUGGAAUAUCAGUCCAUCACUCAGCAGACCGCAGCCCGAAAAUGUUUCAAUUAUGGUAUCGCCGACAACCGCAGCAUUGUCCAGAAGAGCAGCAAUCGAAUCAGAGCAGCAGCAGCAACCAAAAGGCGGCAGGAGCACUGCCAGGACCACAAGGAGCCGAGGAAUAAGCUGCACCUGCACCUUUCCAAGACCAGGAAUCCUUAGACCAAAGCCGAAAAAAGGAAGGAAGCAAGCUGCAACCGAAAAGGAAACAGAAACAGAAACAGCACCAGAAACCGAAAGCAAAUCUCAAACCGAAACUAGAACUAAAACCAAAAUCACCAGGCGACCGAGAGUAAUUUAGUUUAGUAACCGCAAAGUCCAGAGUGGACGCGGAAUUAGUCAGUAGAGUGCAAGGAGUGCCAGGAGUACCAGGAUCAGAAGCAGGACUUCGCCAUGGGUUGCUCGCCAAGCACACUGCCCGCCCCCUCGUCCACCUCCGCCGCAGCCGGUGGCCAGCCCACCUCCGGCCAGGGAUCCCUGCCCCCCCUGGACGCCUCUGAGAAGGAUGGCAGCCGACUCUUCUGCAUCAAGUUGCGUCGCAGUCGCCUGCGUCGCUGCAGCUGCGGGGGCGUAACCCCGCAGACUCCCAACGAUGGCAACGGCAGCACCGCGGGCAGCGGGGCGGGCGACAAUCUGUGCGGCCAGGUGCUACUCAAUCCACUGCAGACCAAGAACGAGGCCGACUACGAAAAGCUCAGCACCGGGAAGAAGGACUCGAUUGUCACGGUGGCAGCUUUGGGAAACUUUACGCACAGCGUGGUGCGACGUGCCACAGGCAGCACAGGCACAUCGGGCACUAGUUCAUCCGGCGGCGGGAAUAGCCGUCCAGGACACCGCAAGUCAUCGCUCGCCUUCGCCCUCACCCCAGAAGAUGAGCCAAUGGACGUGUACCAGCGAAAUCUCAUGGACCUGAAGUAUCCAACCGUGCUACCACCGAAUCCUCAACUUAAGGCCCUGCUCGUUUUCUACAAGGCGGACAGCAUCUGCGAGGCGGUCUCCGCGGCCUGCCAGCGCCACCAACUGGACGUCACGCUGGUCAAGUCAAAGGAGGAGGCCCUGGACACACUCCAGAAGUCGUAUGCCACCGCUCAGUGCUACCAUCUAAUCAUAAUUGAUGCCCGUUCCUCCAAGAAUCUGGAUGCGGAGCAUAUUGCGAGAACCAUACGUCACACACACGGCCACCAUUUAACGACAAUAAUUGCAGUCUGCAAGAAGAGUUUCUUCGAAAAGGAUGAUGUGCUAAUUGCUCUAUUAGACGCUGGCGUUAAUAGAUGCGUAGCGGAGACGACCAACCUGGCCAUGUGCAGUGUGGAACUGAAGCAGAUACUGCACUCCAUCAUCCGGCCGCACAAUGUCAUGUCCACUCAGCAGGCACUCUACACGGCCCUGCACCGGCUGAAGGAGGUGGUGCUCAUCACGGAUGACGUGCUUCGCAUCCAGUACGCGAACCGUGCCACCGAGAGGCUCCUCAACAUGCGGCUGGACGAAAUCAUUAGCAAGCCGCUGGCGGACAUAUUCGUAUCGGACCUGUCCACAAUCAGUGAGCAGGGCAAGAGCAUCAAAGAGUUCGACGGGAUACUGACCGUGCGCCGCAAGAACCAGGAGGGCAUACCCAUGCAUGUACGGGUAGUGCCAGUGGCCUGCAUCGGCAGCGCACCCACGCACUUGAUUUUCAACUUUGAUGUGCCCGGCGGGCAGAUGGACUUCAUUGCCACACUGCCGCAGCCCAAGGAGGCGCCGCGCGGCUCACUGCACUCGGUGCGACGUUGCAGCUUCGAUGUCCGGUCCAUCGCCUCGGACGGAUUACGGAGGACCAGUUUGGCCAAGCUGACAUCGCUGCCGCUGGAGGCGCCCAUCACUAAAAUAAUCAAUUUACUAUCACAAGUACAGGAGAAUUGUUCGGCCGAUGAGGCGCGACUCAUUGACAAGGUCUUGGAGUUCCUGAAGCGCGAAGGACUCUACAGUCCACAAAUGAAGGAAAUACGAACCGAUGAUCCCAUAGCCACCGACCUAAUUGGUGCUCUACUAACAGGACCCAGCGUGUACUCCUCACGCCGCAGCUCGAAUGACUCCAUUAUACGCACUGGCAGCUCCACCAGAACGGCCACCAUAGUUCCCGCCAAGAUGAAGGCCAAUCCCAUCAUUAUGGAACUUCUCGACGAAUCUCUCAGCUGGGACUUUGAUAUUUUCAAAUUGGAAGAGAUCACCGACUACCACCCGCUGCUCUAUCUGGGCAUGGAGAUGUUCCGGCGAUUCGAUGUCUUCGCCACCCUGAACAUCGAUGAGAACGUGUGCAAGGCCUGGCUGGCGGUAAUCGAGGCUCACUACCACAAGAGCAACACAUAUCACAAUAGCACUCAUGCCGCGGACGUUAUGCAGGCCACUGGUGCUUUCAUCACCCAGCUAACUAACAGGGACAUGAUGGUGAUGGAUCGCAUGGAGGAGGCAACAGCCCUGAUUGCCGCCGCCGCCCACGAUGUCGAUCAUCCGGGCAGGUCCUCGGCCUUCCUAUGCAACUCGAACGAUGCCCUGGCCGUUCUGUACAAUGAUCUUACGGUGCUGGAGAACCAUCAUGCAGCUAUAACCUUUAAGCUAACACUGGGUGACGACAAGAUCAACAUUUUCAAGAAUCUGGACAAGGAGCAGUACAAGUCCGCUCGCAGCACUAUCAUUGAUAUGAUCCUGGCCACGGAGAUGACACGGCACUUUGAGCAUUUGGCCAAGUUUGUGAGCGUUUUUGGAGGCGAGGAGACAAGAGAGCCACAUGCCCAGAGUGAGGAGGAGACCUCGAUCCUUAUGCGCCGCAUGCUGAUCAAGGUGGCGGAUGUGAGCAAUCCCGCCCGUCCCAUGCAGUACUGCAUCGAAUGGGCCAGACGUAUUGCCGAGGAGUAUUUCAUGCAGACGGACGAGGAGAAGCAGCGACACAUGCCCAUCGUGAUGCCAAUGUUUGAUCGUGCCACCUGCAGCAUACCAAAGAGCCAGAUAGGCUUCAUCGAAUACAUCAUACAGGACAUGAUGCAUGCAUGGGAGAGCUUCAUCGACAUGCCACAGCUCAUCACGUACAUGCAGAUCAACUAUUCACAGUGGAAGAAGUACGAUGAGCAGGGCAUCAAUACACUGGCGGAUAUUAUGGCCAAGCAGCCGCCAGUGGGAAAGCUGGCCAACUCCAAAUAGCAUACGGCCUUCCGGAGAUUGUUCUCGGGUCUACUGAAGCCAUUGCCGGCCCAUGCGCCGGCCACCUCCACGAUUGGCGAGAACGAAAUGGAGGAUGUGCUCUAGUGACGGCGACGAAGGUCCUGCGACGGCCAUUUCCGGCACCGCCCUCGCAGUCUCUCGGCCUGAUCCCGAUCCCGAUCCCGUUACUGAUAUCGAUGCCGAUGCUUGAGCAGCAUAUAGAUCUAUCAUCUGCUCCUGCUCCAGUUACUGUCUCUGCCUCUGCUCCACCAUCUCCUACUCAGCUGGGCUGUCAUCCCAACGGACCAAUGGAAGGGACUUGAUGGGGGAUAAGAUGAUGGGGGCGGGACUUCUACGAGGUGCCAACAAGCGGUGUCACAAAAACAAAUAUGCAGAAUCAUAGAAACAAACUAACUAAGGCAAAGAAGUAAACAAAUAUAUUGGGCUGGACUCAAAAUUAAAUGUUUAAGAUGCAUCACAAGAAGCGAACUUUCUAUUUCUAUACAAACUAAACUAAAACUAUAAAAAAAAAAACAUAAAACACAUUAAAUAUGAAACCAUGUGAGUGUGUCGGUGUGUGCGUGUGUGUGUAUGUCCCCCACCAUCCAUCCCCACCCAUAUAUAAAUAAAUGUGUAUGUAUUUUAGGAUAAAAACUAAAAACUAACAACUAGAAAAAGAAUACUUGCAAACUAUCAGCAAAAAAAAUAUAUCCCACAGCAAACAAAAUGGCGUGCGCUCAACAGUACCUUGCAACGGUAUAAAAUUAUAACAGUAUAGCAGUUUAGGCGCUUAGCGGUAUAACGGUAAUGGUAAACGGAACAGUGGGCACCAAUUGUUAAUUUCAACCUCACUCUCCCAUCAAGAAGACAAUCUCUGUUGAACACUGCAAAGCCAAGUAAAUCUAGUUUAAUUUUCUGUCCAAGUCGGAGUUCGUGAACGGAAGCGGAAACAGGAAUAAGAAGCAGAAACGGAAAAGGAAACGGAAGUGUGAAUGGAAUCGGAAAGGAAUACAAGGCCAUAGCUAGACGAAGACUAUAUACAUACAUAUGCAUGCGAGAUCGUGGCAAGCACUAUAUAUACAUAUAUAUAUUUAAAAAAACAAAACAAAUACUAUCACUAUUGACUAGCUAACAAUUACAAUUAAAUAACGAAAAAAAUGAGAAAAAAUCAACAAAAAAAUGGAAACAAAACUAAUUCGAAUCCACUCUUGAGACAUACAAUGUGAAUCGUAUGGGGCCCCUUUUUACUAUCUAAUUAACUAGUUACCUAUACCUACCUUCCUAACUGAAAUACAAAUUAAGAAAACAAAUAAAACAAUGAGCUAUCCUAAUGCUAAUACUAUUAAUGUUGUUUAGCUUUCUAAGCAUACGGUAUGAGAAAUCAAACUAAACCCAAAUGUUUUAACAAUUAAGUGAAAUCCUUUUUGAAAUCUUUUUAUCUAAUUGACUGAACAAAUUACAUAUACAUAUAUAUAUAUAUAAUUAUAAACCAGAUCUAUUAAUACGAAUCGAUAAUACGUUCUUGUUAUAAAAAAGAGAGAAUUAAUAACAAAAUAAAACCGAAGAUGGAUGCGGAAAUGAAAUUGAAAAGCAAAAUAAUAUAUACAAUAUACAUAUAUACAAUUUAUACAACUUUUACGAAGCAUAUUAUAUAUAUUUAUAUGUCAUACGAUAUCGGAAUUCAUUCACAAGUUAUAGUAAUUUGUAUGUGUUACCAAGGUGUUAAAUCCCGUGCUUCAAAAUGUUUUGAUAAAGAUUAUAUACACGUAUACAAGUCCUGGUCCCCCAAGUUGCCCCCAAUUCUCCCAGAGAAUCCAUCCAACCAGCACUAUCUGAUCUGACCCCCACACUAUUUUCCGAUCCCACACAGCAAUAAUUAUUAUUGAUCCCCGAACCAACCACACACACACAUCAUAUUCAGCGUUAGGAGAAUAUAAAUGUAUAUGAAUAUUUAAUGUUGUUAAUAUGUGUGUGUUUCAAUUGUAUGUAUUGGAUUAAAUCGCGUAAAUUACAAAGCAAGCAAAAAAAUUUAAAAUUGAUCAGCAUAUAUGUAUAAUGUGUGCAAAAAAAAAACAAAAAUCAUGAUAACAUGAGAUGCAAAAAAUUGUUUACAUGUUGAAAAGAAUAUAUAUAUAUAUGUAUACAUUAAAAUAUAUGUAUAGAUACGAUACUACAUUAUGUUUCUGAACACAAAAA